UAUAAAAUCUAAGCAUCUCCGCCACCUCUCCAUCCACCUAUCAGCUUAAAAGGCUUCUGUUCCAUUAAAAAAAACUCGCACAGUCACCGAAUAAUUUUUAUUUACAGUUUCCUCCCACAUUUUUCAAUUAUACCAAACAAACCCACCUUCAAGGCAGUGUUUAUGUCCUGAUUUAGCCAAAUCCGCUUCGAUUCUUUGUCGGUGAAUUUGGAAUUUUCUCCUCUUCUUCCCCCAUCAUAUACCACCUGUAAUCUCUCUCUCUCUCUCUCUCCGACAUCCUUAUUCCCUGUCCUGGAACCUGAGCAUGUAAGUCUCUCUCUUUCUCGACCCAGAUCAAGAAACCGGAUAAUCUCGCAGACCCGGUUGGAAAGUCGGAGACUUUCAGGCGGGAUACAGGAGAAACUGACCGUAAUGGAGUGCGGGGGAGGAGGAGGCGACGUGGCGAGUACGAGGAAGAGGGAGAGGCCGUACAAAGGGAUAAGGAUGAGGAAGUGGGGGAAGUGGGUCGCGGAGAUUCGGGUGCCGAACAAGCGGUCAAGGAUCUGGCUGGGCUCUUACUCCACGCCCGAAGCGGCGGCGCGUGCGUACGACACCGCCGUCUUCUACCUCCGGGGACCCUCGGCCCGCCUCAACUUCCCGGAGCUUUUACCCGUCGAGAAAUCCUCCGCCGCCGAGGUCUUGUCCGCCGCCACCAUCCGGAAGAAGGCCACCGAGGUCGGAGCUCAGGUCGACGCCCUCGGCACGGCGGUCCACAACAACAGCCACCGUGCUUUUGGUCAAAAUCGAGACUGUGGUCUCGGCAACAAUGAUAUUAGCGUUGGUUAUCAAAGCCACGAAGAAGAGGAAGACAAGAGGUCGGGGAGUGGCGGCGGGUUGUCGGAGCGGGUUGACUUGAACAAGAUGCCCGACCCGGAGAGCUCCGAUGAUGAUUUGGAUAGCAAAAUAAAUUAAUUCGAAAAAAAAAAGGUGACAGAGAAGGAAUUCUCGGACAACGGUGGCUGUUGCUAAGGUGCGCCGUGCCAUUUGUAUGAAAACAUUAGCUUCGGUACGGAAACUCUCUGUUUCUUCCAUCUUCUCUGUGUGUGUUGAAAUUUCUCUUUAUUUUCUGAAAAUUUCAGGCCUUUUUUUCCCAUCCGUUUUUUUUUGUAAUUCUUUUUUUUUUCCCCAUAUGGGUUUUGAGGAUGAUGGAAUUUGUAGGCAAUCGAGAAGGAGGCUAAUUGUAUAAUACUAAUCAUUAUCGACCGAUCUCCUCCAUAUAUAAAUCUCAAAUUAUCA